GAGUUUGAGAGAGGAGAUCACGGACUGAACCGUCACCUGUGCUCAGAGAACUUCUCUUCACUCACUAAGGCUACCUCUAUUUUUGCCUCUUAACUUUUUGUGCCGCGGGCACCCUCCAGCCGCCUGAAUGUAUAACAUGAUGGAGACCGAGCUGAAGACCCCACUGCCCCAGUCCAACUCGGGCUCGGCGCCGGGCAGCAAGAACAACAGCGUGAGCGACGCGGAGCGGGUAAAACGUCCCAUGAACGCUUUCAUGGUGUGGUCUCGGGGCCAACGCCGGAAGAUGGCCCAGGAGAACCCCAAGAUGCACAACUCAGAAAUCAGCAAGCGCCUGGGAGCCGACUGGAAACUUCUAACGGACGCCGAGAAGCGGCCGUUCAUCGACGAGGCCAAGCGACUGCGCGCAAUGCACAUGAAGGAACACCCGGAUUACAAAUACCGGCCACGCAGGAAGACCAAGACCCUGCUCAAGAAAGACAAGUAUUCGCUGCCCGGGGGACUGUUGGCGCCAGGGACCAACCCCGUCAACAACUCUGUGUCAGUGGGACAGCGCAUGGAUGGUUACGCGCACAUGAAUGGCUGGACGAACAGCGCGUAUUCACUGAUGCAGGACCAGCUUGCAUACCCGCAGCACCACAGCAUGAACAGCCCACAGAUCCAACAGAUGCACCGCUACGAGAUGGCCGGUCUGCAGUAUCCCAUGAUGUCCUCUGCGCAGACUUAUAUGAACGCUGCGUCCACGUACAGCAUGUCUCCGGCGUACACGCAGCAAAGUUCCAACAUGGGCCUGAGCUCCAUGGGAUCCGUGUGCAAGAGCGAACCCAGCUCCCCGCCGCCCGCCAUCACGUCACACUCACAGCGCGCGUGCCUUGGGGACCUGCGGGACAUGAUCAGCAUGUACCUGCCCCCCGGAGGCGACAGCGCGGAGCACUCGUCCCUGCAGAGCACCCGGUUACACAGCGUACACCCACACUACCAGAGCGCAGGCACCGGUGUCAAUGGCACACUGCCCCUGACGCACAUCUGAAGCGCACUACAGACUCGAACUUUUAUAAAGUACUUGGAUACUUGAACAUUUUGGUUGCUGAAACGUUCAAAACAAUUUCAAAAAAGUUGGACUUGUCCAUUGCGCUUUUGAAAUGGACCCACUGAGCGUUGAACCGACGCGUAAGAGGCUUUUUAUCACAAGUAUAAGCAAUCAACUUGUAGAAGAAGUGGACUUCUAUAUUUUAAGUAAUGCCAUAUUUUCUGUAAAUGAAAAGGCAUCGUGGCCUCGUGAGGAGGCUGUGUAUUUCAGAAAAGCUGGAUGGAAAGUUCAUAAAUGUUUACACUUAAAUUGUAGAAUGUCGGUUGUAUUGACUGUGUCCAAAUUUUGUAGUCUUUUUUUGUCCUCGCCUUAUAGUUUUAAAUGAAAUGUUAAGACUGUGCAGGUCGCAACCAGGUUUUAUUUAUAGUACGUUUUUCAUUAGCUUGUGAUCCCCAUGUCGUGUGAAAAGACCCCAUUGUUUUGUAAAAUGUUUUGUUCUCCGAUGGUUCUGACAGUGUCAUGUUUACUCAGUUUCUUGAACGAAAAAGUUUAUUUAAACUGACGUUUCUACAUAUUUUAAGACCAUCCUCUAUUCUUUAAUGCUGAAUAAAUUUGUACAAAACUUAA